GUAUUUGUCAGUAUGCACGUCGACUUUUUUUAAUUAGUUUGCUUUCGAACGCUCGCAAGUUUAUAAACAAAUAUAUAGCCGCUCGGAAGUCAUAUUUGCCGCCGAGCCCGGUUCUGAAUUGCGGGAAAACUAGGUUAGGUGAGGCUAGGUGUUUAUUCGUGUGUAUGUAUAUAUAGUGUAAACAUAGUUAAAAUUAGUAUUAUAAAAGUGUGUCCCUAAAAAUAAUGUUUUAAAACUUCUGCUCGCGUAAUAAUGAUGGGGUAAGGCUUUUAUUUACUUUUCAUUGAGAGACAUUCUCUCGGGAAAAAAGCCAGAAGACGAGUGAAAAAGCAAACUGUACCAAUGUCAUACAGUUGCGAAUCUCGAGUUAUAACCUCAAUAGUUUUCAAACAAGAUGUCCUGUGAACAUUUAGAUUUGUUGCAGGAUGAGGACGAAGAUAUUAUCGUAGAGGGAAGCGAGCUACAUCAAGCUCUCACAAGCAUGGGGUACACCAACUUUGGCUCCACGCCCAGGGUCACAGCAGAGCCUGUUUCUCUCGAAGUGGAUUUAUCACCUGUAAAGGAUUAUAGAUCCAUCAAUCAAAGUUUCUAUGACAAAGUAGAUACGGUCUGCUCGUAUGUGCUACAGGAAAACAAAUUGAGAGAGGGACAGUUGAAAAUAAUUCUAGAAUCUGAAAUUUUACUGGAUGAUCAUAAAGCUGCCAUUAAUGAUUUUCUCAUAGAGGGUCAGACUUCUUAUUUAAGAAAAUAUUUGGAUUGGAUUCCUCUUAUUGGUUCAACAAUAACUGCAAUCAGUCCAUUAGUUGGUAGAAGAAAAAGCAUUACAGCAACGAUCAUGACACUUACAAUAUUUGGAAUGUCUACAUAUGUAAAUUUUAAGCACUGGUUGUUAGCUAGAAAUUUAAAGCAUCUUGUGAAGUUGCAAAAUGACUUGCACGAGUUAUUCAAGCAGAGUCUCAAAAUUUUAAGACGUGCUUAUGGCAAAAGAUCUAUAAUUACUGAAGUGCAUGAGAAAGAAGAAUUACUUGGGAGUGACAAACACAAUAUCAUGAUUCAUAUGAAGGAGGUACUUACAGAAGUUUUUGAAAACUUAUCAACUGUCUAUUAUGCAGAAGCUAGUCAAAUUAUCAGCACUUUACCUGAUUCCUUACGCUUGGAUUGUACUUUAACAAACGUUGAGACUGAGUGUGAACAAGAAUUUGAUUGCAAUAGCUAUGAAAAAUUAAAAAGUUUGUACUACACUUUUCUACUAGUCCAAUCUGAAAUGAUGUUUAUCAUGGCAAAUGCUUAUAAUGGUAAAACACAAAAUACAUUAUUUAAAAUACCCAAAUCAAAACUUUCACAAUCUGUGAAAAACUUGACCAAACCAUUAGCCAUAUCAUACUCAAGAAUGUCAAAUAUCAUGCAAACUUAUCAGUUAUGUGAAAUCAAACCAGUACAAAGGGUUUUAAGAGGUUCUCCAACUUCAAAAUGGCACGACUCCUACAUUCAUUUAGAUUUAACAUCACAAAGAAUUCAAUUGGCAUACAAAGAAGUUGCAUCUAUUUUAGAGUAUUUAGACUUGCAUUCUGAAAAAGAUGAAGAUAACUUACAGUUAGUUGAAUCGAUAACCGAAAAAAUGAAUGAAGCAUACAAGCAAAUCGAAAAUGCCAGAAGUUUUGCAGAGUUCAGUAGUCUGCUAAUUGCAAAGGCUCAACAUAAACCUGGAAACGUCUCGGAUAAGAAUGAAAAUGAAAAUUUAUUCCCAACCAACUUUGAUAAUAGAAAAAUUAUACUGAUUGAUAAAGAGCCUGAAAUAGAAGAUGAAGUAUUUGAAGAGUAUAUAAAGGAAGAAUAUUUGAAGCCUCUGUAUGAAAAUAGUGAUAAAAGUGUCAUACAAAACUUCAGACUUGACAAGUUGUUAGAAAAGAAUUUCAUGAGCGAACUGAGAGAUGCAUUGAUUGAAAAACAAAAAUCCAUGACAGAAAGAGAACUCAAAGCGCUAAAAAGAAUGUAUGACAAAGUGCAGAAGGAUGCUGGUAACAAGACUGAAACUGACAUAUGUCCAAUACCUGAGAAAUCUAUUGAAACUGAAGAGCCAGUAGCUCCUACAUCGGUUCCACCACCUCCUCAACCACCUCUGCCACCGCCACCCCCGCCACCACCGCCACCAAGAGUUCUAGAAAAUACAAUCAUCGCUGAAAGUCACGUGGAAGAAGAAGAGAAAGAGCAAAAGAAAACUCGUACGCCAGUCCCUCUUCCAAGAGUGAAAAUGCUGAAACCUGAAGAUGAAAUGCUCGAUGUACAGAGAUUUUCGAUUAACCAAUGCGCACCAAUGCUUAAAUUUCCUACAAUAAGACUAACAGAAGAAACAUUUAUUGGUAGUGGAGAGAACUCAGAAGAAGAAGAAGAAAAUCUUGAAAGCAACAGUGAUGAUGACGAUGAUGAUGAUAAUGAUGAUGAUAAUGAUAUAGUCGAAAAUUAAAAAAAUAUUUAUACUAUUACUGGUUAAUUGUAUAAAUUUAUUUGUAAAUAUAUUGUACAAAAUAUUUGUUUUAUUUAAUACAUUUGCAUUAAAUUUUCUAUUAAAGUUAAAUUAUUAACACCAUUACGAGUAUUUGAAUUCCAUCCUGUCAUUUUAGUACAAUUUUAUAUAAAAAUAUGGUGGCGAAUACGCCGGACGUCGAUUGCGAUAAAAACACGAUAUUGUUCACAAGUUACUGCAUUAAAAGACAGAUAUUUUAAUUUGAAGACAGCCCGCGUGAAAAUAUUAUAUGAGAUCUUAUAUGAGAUCUCAUGUAGAUCUUAUAUAUAUAUAUAUAUAUAUAUAUAUAUAUCUCAUAUGACUGAAAUUCGUACUGAGAUCUAUAUGAGAUUUAUAUGAGAUGUAUAUGAGAUCUACGUGAGAUCUCAUAUGAGAUUUCAUAUGCGAUCUCAUAUGCGAUCUCAUAUAGAUAUCAUGGAGUGCUUAGUACGAAUUUCAGUCAUAUGAGAUCUCAUAUAAUAUUUUUACGCGGGAGUUGAUUAGACGGUGAAACACUUCGAUUUAAUCACAUAUGUAUAUACUUAUUGUAUAUACUUCGUAAAUGCUAUAAGAUAAAAGAAAAGCUGUCCUUAAGAUUAAUGUCUCACUAAAUUUAAAUACGAAAUUUUAUAGCGGUUCAUUUCUUCUGCCGGAAAGCACUGCAGACAUAUGUACAUACAUUGUCGAGUAUGUGAUGACUGACCCUUUCAUGGUGCUCGAUUAUUUUCGGAUGUUCGCCAGGGCUUUGACGGCGAUGGUGACCAUAGAGUGC